AUGAGCGCGCCACCUCUGUCCCAGGCUGGGCCUAUCCCAGAAGGACACAGUUUCUACGUGAGUUAAGACCAUUAAAGCUGGGAAAUUGAAUGCUGAUAAAAAAGAAUCCUACUAAGUCAAUCUCUCAGGCUACAUCAGUCACCAACAAAGAGUUAGUUAUCUUUGCAAAAAUCGGCUUUCUACAGUAGUCAUACUAACUUUGUGCAGGUGUACACAGGGUCCUGAGGAAUCCGUACCAGUCGAAAUCCCCAUCGAUCUAGUAAGCUGUACACAGUACCCUGGCGAAGAUGCUCGAGUUACCCAGCUUCGUGGUAAGUUUUCCGGAUAUCCUACUCUGAAUAUUAUUAACCCUAGAGAACUCGAUCAAAUGUUUAGAAAAAUGGCAGGAGAGACUCCUGGCUAUGGUUAUAUUCCUACGGAAAUGGUCAAGUUUCUGCCUAGCAUAACACGGGGGUUGAUUCGUAAGUUUUCAGCGUAUCUCAAGCCAGUUCUUCAUCUGACUAUCUACCUUAGAACUUGUUAGAGAACUACAAGCAAAUGUUGGCCAUUUCAAAAUAAGCCGGCAACAAGAGAAUCAAGACGUCUUCCAAUCCGGGGAUUUUAUACGUGGUAAGUUUCAUAACUUAUUCCCAUUUUUACCUCUGGCUAAUUAGAUGUGAAGGGUAUAUAAGCUGGCUUCAAGGAGAGAAUGAGAAGCUUCAAGGUAUACAAACGCUCCCUUAUUAACUUUUACAGUUUGAUAACCUGAAAUAGUUAAGAUCGAGGACCUACGAGAAGCACUUAGCCAGGUAGAGGAAAAUUAUACUAGUAUGAAGGCGCAGAAGGAUAGUUUGGAAAGGGCACUUGAUCAGGAAACUUUCAACACUAGCAACGAAGACACGGGUAGGAAACGUAUACGUGUAGAAUAA